UAUGUGACGUAACCCUCCCAGUCAAACAGUGGAGGCCCCACCCUUUGUGUUACCUACCGCCCGUCAAUCAAAAUAGAAAAAAUCCUGACAGUUAUCAUCUAUUUUUACGCGAAUACAAUCAAUUUAAUGUGCUGAUCAUGUCGGGUGGCUUUUGACCAUCAGGACUCUCCGUUUCAAAGCAAGUCACGCAAUGACUGCCCCUGAACAGCCGAUGAAACCCGAGGACAUGGCUGCAUUGGAUGUGGACAAUAGUCAGAGCGAUUUUCUGCAGCAGGAGGAAAGCAGGGGCAAUCAGGACACUCAGCCAUCACCCCUCGACCUGCUCGCAACCACCUGCUCUAAGGUUGGGUCACCUGCGGCAGAGGUGGAAAGAGGUGCUGCUGCUGAUGUGACAUCGGAUCCAUCAGUGCAGCUCACUGGGACUGAUAAAUGGGAGGUGCUGACUCCCACUUCAGUAAAGGAUGAAUCUGGAAUGAUACAAAUCCAAAGUCAAGGAAUAUUGACAUCAAAUGGACAGUAUGUUCUUCCUAUCCAGAACUUACAGAGUCAGCAAAUCUUUGUGACAUCGGGAACAGACACCUCUGCCAAUUCAGUGCCUAACAUUCAGUACCAAGUGAUUCCUCAGAUUCAGACAGCAGAUGGACAACUGAGCUUCUCCACGUCCGGCGUGGAGGGAGCAACUCUGACUCAGGAUGCCACGGGGCAGAUUCAGAUCUUGCCAGAUGGAAGCCAGAGUCUCAGUGUGGCAUCCGCUGCAAACAUCCUUAAUAACAACCAGAACCUCAUAACACAGACUGGUAAUGUCCAGCAGAUCCAGGGGGUCUCUAUUGGCAGCUCCACCUUUAACAACCAGGGUCAGGUUGUUACUAAUGUGCCUAUGGGUCUGCCUGGGAACAUCACCUUUGUUCCUAUUAACAGUGUGGACUUGGACUCUCUUGGUCUCUCCGGUGCUCAGACUAUAGCGACAGGGGUUACUGCUGACGGCCAGCUGAUUAUGACAAGUCAGCCUAUGGACGGCUCGGAGAGUCUUGCGAAGACAGAUAAUCAGCUCUCACAGACACUACCAGUUAAUGACUCAAAUGCAAAUCAAGAAAUAUAUGUGCCAACGUCUUCCUCUCAGCUUCACAUUCCAGCAAAUGAUUCAGGUCUGCUGACACAAGACACAUCCAUGUCUACAGAGCACGCUGACUCCAGUUCUGGUCUCCAGGAGGGCUUCAUCCAACAGAAUCAGGAGCAGAGCAUACAGGUGUCAUCGGCCCAGUCCAUCAUCCAACUGCAGCAGGUUCCCAUUCAGACCACCAAUGGUCAGAUGGUGCAGUCAGUGGCAGGAGGGCAGAACCUGCAGAACGUGCAGCUGAUAAACCCUGGAACGUUCAUCAUCCAAGCGCAGACUGUCACACCGUCAGGUCAGAUUCAGUGGCAGACCUUUCAGGUUCAGGGAGUGCAGAAUCUACAGAACCUCCAGCUGCCCACAACACCUCCCCAGCAGAUAACCCUGGCUCCAGUCCAGACCCUGUCGCUUGGUUCCAGUCCAGUCAGCAUCAGCACGGGGCAGAUCCCAAAUCUGCAGACAGUGACAGUCAACUCAGUGGCCCAACAGGAAGGAGACACAGACAACAUGAGCGACAUUCGAAUAAAGGAAGAGCCAGACUCUGGAGACUGGCAGCUGAGCACUGACUCCACCCUGAAUACCAGUGAUCUGUCCCACCUCCACGUCAGGCUGGUGGAUGAGGAUGAUCAGGCAGGUCAGGAGGGCAAGAGGCUGCGACGAGUGGCAUGUACCUGCCCCAACUGUAAAGAGUCGGGUGGGAGAGGAUCCAGCACGGGGAAGAAGAAACAACACAUCUGCCACAUUGCUGGCUGUGGGAAAGUAUACGGAAAGACAUCACACCUGCGAGCACACCUGCGCUGGCAUUCUGGGGAGCGACCUUUUGUUUGCAGCUGGAUGUUCUGUGGAAAGAGGUUCACACGCAGUGACGAGCUGCAGAGACACAGGAGAACUCACACAGGAGAGAAGAAGUUUGUCUGCCCCGAAUGUUCUAAACGCUUCAUGCGGAGCGACCACCUGGCGAAGCACAUUAAAACUCAUCAGAACAAAAAAGGCGUGAACUCUGGCAGCGCCAUGGUGGCCUCGAUGGAAUCCACGGGGUCUUCAGACAGUAUCAUCACCACGGCAGGCGGGACCACCCUCAUCCUCACCAACAUUCAGCAGGGGUCCAGCACCGCCCAGGACAUCCUGGCCAACGCAGAGAUCCCUCUGCAGCUUGUCACCACGGUAGAGGCAAGCGAAGUCAUGGAGUGAUUUACACUCCACUUAUGAACUUCUACAACUUCUCUCAUACUGUAUACUCCUACCUGCAUUUUUAUUCAAGUUUUGAAGAAAAACUAUAAAUAUAUAUAUAUAUUUUAACACAGAAAUAGUCAAACCAUGUCCAGUUUUUACUGAGGAAAAAACUAGUUGUGGAGACUUAAAGAAGAUGGAAAAGACAUUGCAGUAAACACACAAGGAAAUGCCUUAUUUUGUACAAUAUUUUGUUGUUAAAAAUGUAGGAUGCCAUUUUGUUUCAAUUUACUUUUUUUGUCAUUUGUUUUUUCACAAAAAUAUUCGUAAGUUGAGCAAAUUUUCUCGCCUCUUUUUCGAUGAUAUAAUCUUAUGGCGUCCUAGGUAAGCAGGUUUGUUCUGUAUUCCUUUUGGUCAAAAGCUAAAUCUCACAAGAAAGCUACUUUUAUCAGCUAAUGUCAUUUUAAUGCUAACGUCCAUGCAAUUUUAUUCACGUUAUCUGUUUUUUGUUUUAAUGUUAUGCAUAUAUUUUUUUCUUUGUCCUAGUGCUGUCAGUCUGCUUGCAGAAAGGCAAGCCUGCCUUCCUUUUGUUUGCUCACACCUACCACACUUUGCAGAUGAAAAUCAAAACAAUCAAAUGUUUUGUAUUGUAUUUGAUCUUGAACUUAAACUGUUGAUGAUGCUCAUUAUUUGCUCGUUAAAUAUUUUGACUGAAAGCUAUUUAUAUCAGGCUUUACAUAGAAGGAUGGAUUUGUAAUAUUAAAAAGUCCAAAAUAUUUCAAAAGGCUCCACUAUAUGUGACUGAGAUGUGUUUUUGUAAAAUCCUUUUUUUUUUUUUGGAGGGUUUACAGAACAUAAAAAAAACUUGCAUAGUAAUAUGAAGAAAAGCCAUUUUUUGGAGGUUAUUGCCAAAUUUGACUACACACUCAGGGUGACUUGUGACUGUGAUAUAAGUAGAGUAAAUCACCCCUGUAGCUUCUCGGGCCAUGGUGGGAUGUGAAGAAAUGUUUUUCUGAUGGACCAAAAGCUGAAGUGAAAUAAGCUGUCACCAUGUAACCUUUGCUCGCUGAAUCCUACCAUGCCAGAUUUUUCCUUUUGUUCUGUGUAAUUUUUAUUUCACAUUGAUGACAACCUUGGUUCAUGUUAUAGAAUCAGCUCUGCAGGAUUCUCCACCUUUCUUUUUUACUCCACCACGCAGUUAAAAAAAUCAGUGUAUUUCAUAAUGCGGUACUCUUUUAGCAGCACUAUUCUCAUCACUUUCAUUGUGUUUGUCCUUUUGUAUAAAAAUGUUUUUGUAUACUUCUCAAGGAACUGUCCUUUCUAUUCAUUGUUGGUAAAUGUAAAAUUCUGUCUUCUUUCUUUGUAUGUUGCAUUUCUCUGUUACACGCUUUUACUUUUUUUUUUUUUUAUCUCUAAACCCCUAAACUGUUGAAUUGUUAAAUUGAAUACACUCUGAACUCUGAAUUAUGGUGGCAUAUUUGAUUUAAUUUAAUUUGUUUUUCUUUGGAUGUAAUGAAAGGAUAUGAUUUUCACUUCUCUUCAGAUGGACAGGUCCUCUGCAGUGGACAUAUUCUAUCAUCUGAGUUGAAUAGCAAGGUGCUAUUGAAUCAUUCAAAGAGCAUCUUUUUCUUCUGUAAACAUAUUGUCAAUAUAACAUCAAUAUAAACCUUUCUGUUACACUUCAA